AUAUCAAGGUGAAUCUAGAGUCGCCGUUGGUGUAAAUGUUGUCCUCUUGAAUGAUGCGGUAUCGUCUUGCCGAGAUGUCAUGCGUGUGGUGAUGAUACCGUCCUUUCAAUGGUUGAUCCUUGAGACGUCCCCUAGCAUCCUACAGGCGUCCUUUGUGUAGAGCGUUGGCUAAAUCUGGCAUCGUAUCGAGUGUAUUGCACCCAACCCCGGCCGCUGAGUCGAUUCCGCCGACUGAUGAUCCCACGCCAUUCGACAGCUCGGAGGGUGUAGGACACGCCUCGACUCUGUGGCAACGCUGACAAUGCUGGGCUUUAUUACCUGGAGACUUUGCCCUCUGAUCCUCUUGCUGACCCUUUGUUCGGCCUCUGCCAAACCACGUCGAGUCGCAACUCGUAUACCCAAACGACCUCCUCCACGUCGAUUAGUCGAACACGACCCAAAGUGGGAUCAUAGAUGGAUCAAACGCGAUGCGCCGGUCGUAUGGGCGACGUCGACGCAUGACAGCUCGACGGUCUCAUACGCGAUCUCCAGCGCCAUUUCGAGGGGUCCGUCGUCGGUACAUGUGUCAGGUGGAGGAUCAGUAUUCAGCUCGGCUGGAAGCGGUAGUCCAGCUUCCUUCGUGAAUGCCCUCGAUGGCCAGUCAGCCUCGGCCUCGGCCUCAGCCUCUGGCGGGUCGUCUGCGGAUCCUUCGACGUCGACGGGGCCACUGGUAUCAGCAUCUUUAUCAACAUCGGCAGCCUCUUCGGGCAUCUCAUCGGGCAUCUCAGCCAGCACAAGUGGGAGCGCUUCGCAGUCUCAAUCCUUGUCAUCCAGCCUCCCGUCUGCGUCUGCGUCUGCAUCCGCCUCGGCGUCUAGCGCGGCAAACUCCUCCCAACUCAGUGGUGAAGGGUGGCACUUCCCCUACACUGCACUGUGGAAUGGGACCGCGCCCAAUCUGGAGGACGUCAAGCAGGUACGCCUCGCCAAUUGCUGGCAGCCCGCCACGAGUAUUGCCCUGGUGUAUAUCGCCCCGGAAUGGGUCAGCCAUUUGAUCACCUAUUCUGACGGUGAGCCCAUGGCUGGAGAAUCGGACCCUUCGAAUCUGUACGCUUCGGUGACGCUUUGGAAUCCGAACAAUGGGUGGUCUUAUCAAUUCCCAGUCAACAUUUACAACGAAUCGACGACUGAAGAUUUCCCAGGUGGCGUCUGGUGGCAUUCUGCAUUGAGUCAAGGCUUGGCUGGAAUGGCUCAGAUGACCCCGAUCGUCGGUAUGAACUCGGAUGGGACGUAUACCCAGACGAAUGGUAGUCCAGCCUAUGCCCUGGCGAUGAUGACCGGCCGGAAAGUCGACUAUUAUACGUUUGACGAUUACCCUUCGGUGGACGAUUUCUACGAGGCAUUGUCAAAGGCUAGCUCGACCCCAGUCAUCCUCGCCACAAAGUAUACGACGGAUCCUAGUGUCGAUCCGCCUCUCACUGCGAAUCACGAUUACGCCAUCCUGAGCACGAGUGAUAAAGGUGCGCAGGGGAGGUAUGUCAAUGUCAGAAAUCCUUGGGGGAAGUAUGAGACGUUUCAUGUCGAGGCGAUCUAUUACAAUUUCAGUUAUCUCUACAUGAUGGAGGAUCAGAGUGAGCUGAUCUGGCAGGGCAGUCAGUAAAGGGGCAGGUACCGACAUGCAUUAAGUACAAAAAUGUCCAUGGUCGGCUUGGGCGCCUAAGAAUCGUUAAAAAGUCAUGACAUUAGGAGAAAGGGAUGUGUCUACAAGCUAAUUGGUGACACGUCUAAUGACGGUCAAACUUGACCA